GCAUUUUUACUCCAAGUAAGAGAUUUGGUUUAGUACUUGGCAUCAAAUCCAACUCCGAUGUGGAGAGAAUUGCUGGCAAAAGCAGCAAGAAGUCAGGCAGCAGCGAUGAGCUACCUGGAUGAAGUUCCCUUCCGGACAGCCAGGAGCCUCGAUGGGGACUCAGGGGGAGAAAACAAUUUAAUCACAGCCCCAGACAUAGAGAUCCCCAACUGCGCCGACAUCCUCAUGAGCACCAUGCACGACUUCUCACUGGAAAGAAAAGCACUUUACUGGGUUGAGGUGGCCUCUCAGCAGCAAACCUCCCGCCAUCGUGUCACCUCUGAAGUUGUCCCCACGGCUCCACCGUGCUGGCUGCUGCUGGUGGACCCCACUGACAGCAACGGGGGGAGAGCACGGGACGGGGCGGUGCGGCGCUGCCUCAGCCUGAGCGAUACCAACGGGCUCGCCAAGGGCAGAGGAGCCUUGUCCGACACCGAGAGCGAGACCUGGCACUCAGAGGAGGAUGAUUACUCGGAGGAUGAUGAGUAUUCCUCAACCUCAUGGGAAGAGAAUGACAAAGAUGAAAAGGUUUCCAGGAGGAGGAACUCUGGGAGAGGUGUUCCUCUGCGUCCUGGCUUUUACCAAACCCGACCAAAGACAUCACCCGGCUUGUUGGAGCCGCUGCCGCAGAACAACAUCCACAACCCAGCCAGCCCGGACCUGAGCAAGCAGAGAAGAUCCAUGGUGAUGUUUAAUAACAUGAAGAACGAGCUGGAAGCAGCCAGGAGGAAGCUGGGUGCUUUGGUGCAUCCUUUGAACAGAGCCACUGUGGAGAGCAAAGGGGUCCCAGUGCCACGGCCGCUCCCCCAGUGCUCCCGCACCAGCCGCAGCGUCAAGUACGGGCCAGCCCCGGACGUGUCCCACCUGGGGACCUGGGUGCCAGCUCCUCCGGCUGCGACUGCGCCGAUCCCCCCGAUCAAACGACAUAAGCCCACAGUGCCGUCCCUCAGCCCCUACACCUGCCUCCCCCCUGCCUCCACACCGACCUCUACGCCAACCUCCACGCCGGCCUCUACGCCUGCGCGACCUCUCAGUUCCCACAGAUCCCAACCGGACUCGGCGGCUGACCUCCUCUCGGCGCUGAGCCAAGAGGAACGAGAUCUCAUCGAACCCGUUAUAGCCUUGGGCUACCCCACCCGCAAAGCCAUCCUCACCCUCCAGAAGAUUGGAAAGCAAAGCUUAAGUCAGUUCCUGAGCUACCUGCGUGCCUGUGACCGGCUGCUGAAGCAGGGCUACGAGGAAGGACAGGUGGAGGAGGCCAUGGAAAUGUUCCAGUACUCGGAGAAAAAGGCAGCUGAAUUCCUGCAUUUGUUAUCUCAGUUUAACGAUAUGGGGUUCCAGCAAAAUGAAAUCAAAGAAGUUCUUCUGCUUUGUGGGAAUCAGAGGGAGAAGGCCUUGGAAGAGCUUAUGAUGAAAACCCAAUGA